GGAUACAGUGGUACCUCUAGUUGCGGGCACGAUCCGUUCUGGGGUGCCGUUCGCACCCUGAAAAGUCUGCAACUAGAGCGGUGCUUCUAUACACUUCCGGAUUUGCCGCGUUUGCAACCCAAAAAUCCGCAACAUGAAGCGAACGCAACUAGAAGUAUGACUGUAUUGACAAACUGAAAUGUGUGCAGAGGAAGGUGACCAAGCAGCUAAUGAGGGACUGUUGAGGGAUAAGAGGAGACUAAGAGGAGAUAUGAUAGCAAUAUUCAAAUGUAUAAAGGACUGUCACGUGGAAGAUGGAGGAAGCUUGUUUUCUCCUGCUUCGGAGGGUAGGACUGGAACCAAUGGCCUCAAGUUAUAAGAAGUUUUCUGGCUAAAUAUUCAGGAAGAACUUUCUGACGGUAUGAGCUGUUCGGCAGUGAAACAGUCUCCCACUGGUGGUGGACUCUCCUUCCUUGGAGGUGUUUAAGGAGAAGUUGGGUGGCAAUCCAACAUAUAUAAUCUAAUUGAGAUUCCUGCCUUACAGGGGGUUGAGCUAGAUGACCCUUGGUGUCCCUUCCAACUCUACAAUUCUAUGAAGCCUUAAGACAGACACACAGCUCAUGGAAACUGCCUUGUGGGGUGGGAAGAAAGUCUAGUUUUGGGUUAUUAAAUGGCCACAAUUCACUGCCUUAGCUAAUUUCCAGAAACCUGGGUCGCCUGCUGUUUCUUGGGACUACAAUUCCCAUCAUCCCUGAGCACUGGUAUUUGCUAGCUAGGGAUGAUGGGACUUUUAGUCCCAAAACAGCUGGAGACCCAAGUUUGGGAAACUGUGAUAGAGCCAGUGGGAAAGAGAUUAGCUUUUGUGAGGGAAACGGGGAGUACUUUGCACAUGCUCAGAGGUACUCUGCCUCGUUUAUUUAUUUUUAAUAAAAAAAUUCCUGUCGCUGAAAGGAAAUCCUGUACUCUUGAUCAGGGCGAAGCCGACCUGUACAUAGAGCCAGCCUUAAAACUGCCAAAACGUGGCGCAAAGGCGCGGGCAUGUUUUCUCACUCCGCGUUUUGAUCUGUAUUUUAUUUUUAUUUUUUAGGAGGGAGGCUUAUUUGGCCGGGAUUUUGGUGUGUGGCUGGCGAUUGGCCACCGAGUUAUAUGCCCACAAUGUAAAGUGCUUAGAAAGUUGAGGUAAUCUACCAUCUUAACUUUCGUUUAUUUUUACAAGCGCGGGCUUGUGAAUGGCUUUCGCGGUUUUAACCGUUUUAGCUUUUCGCAAACCGCUUUUGAGGUGUGUGUGUGUGUUUUUGCGAUUUAUUACAUUUUAUGAAGGAAAUAGACUAAUAUGAUCUUGGCUGGACAGGACUUUCCCUCAGGCAAACGGCCCUUAUUCAAGCGGGAGGGAAAAUCUACGGGCGAUUUCCCGCCCAAACGAAAGCAAACAUAGACGCACGGCCGAAGCCACUUUAUAGAGGCGACCUCGCCGCUCGGAAAGCGACUCCGCCGUGGAGGGGAAAGAGAGGCGUGGCCAAGCGAAGAGCCGGCCAAUGAGGCGGCGGCGCGAGGAGGCGUGGCCUGGAGGGCAGCUGUGACGCCGCCAACCCGGAAGUGGUCUGUCUCUUGGCAGAGAGGGUCUCCCCAGCAGCGGGGAAGGGAAAGUCCUCAGGUAGGGAGCGGCCUGGCAAGCGGUUGUCUCCUCUGCCUGGGGGUGGGGUGGGGUGGAGGAGACCUGAGAGAGGGAGGUGGGUCUGGGCCCCCCACUGCUAGGGCCGGCCCACCCAGGAAGCAAGAGGAGAGGGGAUCUCAGGCAGCAAGAUCCACAGGGGCAGCAGAUCCGGAUCUUGACCUUUAUUUAUUCAGGGCCGACCCACACACGAGGCAAGGUGAGGCGAGCGCCUCAGGCGACAGGAUCCACAGGGGCAGCAGACCCCGGUAUCAUUCUUUUCCCCACCCCCACCUUGUCCUUAAUGUAAUAAUAAUAAUAAUAAUAAUAAUAAUAAUAAUAAUAAUUAAUGUAGUCUUCCCUCACCCCUUUUUCCUUAUUGGGGAAAUGGAGCACCAUUUUUGGGGUCCACCUCAAGCACCAAAAUGUAUUGGACUGGCCCUAGACCGCUCACCUGAAAACAUAGCUGUCAACGUUUCCCUUUUUUUAAAGGGAAAGUCCCUUAUUCCGAAUAGUAAGAAAAGGGAAAAGUUGACAGCUAUGCCUGAAAAGCAGGUGGUGGACCUCCCUUUCUACCACCUGUUCCAUCCCUCAGGUUCUUUGCGCUGAUCCUGCUGGUGCCCUCAUGCCUCGCCCUCCAUUCCCCACUCUCUCCUUCCCCCAUCACCACCUACCUUUCCUUUCCCUGGAACAGGCCCUGCAUACCCAAAGGGAUCUGCCCGUGUGCUCUUUGUUACCUUACACACAGCCCUGAGUUGGCAGGGUGUAGCCGCCUUUGUAGACUGCAGCAUAGCCCUAACCGUGUCUACUCAGAAGUAAGUCCGAGUGAAUUCAGCGGGCCUUGCUCCCUAGUAAGUGGGACAUGGGUGGGAUCGGGUUAGGAAUGCAGCUUUCUUUGGCUACCUGGAUUGUUAAGGAGUUAACCAAAAAAAUUCUACCGUCCACCUUCUGUUUAUAUGAGCUUGACUUAUUAUUUACUAGAUUUUUUAAAGGUGGGUUGUAAAAUUGGUUCUUACAUUAGAAUUUACAGUUUGUGGAGAAUAUUCUCUGGAUAAUUUUCUAGCAGAGAAUAUAUUCUCUCCCCUCACUUCACUAGUCUUGGUACAAUUCUGUGUUCCUAUUCUGUGUAAAUGUACAGUGGUAACUUGGUUUACAACCAUAAUCCGUUCCAGAGGUCCGUUUGUAAACCAAAACAGGUCGUAACCCAUGGCAUGCUUUCGCCAAUGGGGCCUCCAAAAAAUUUUUGUUCAUAACCCCCCAAAAACGGGUUGUAAUCCAAAAAAGUUGCAAACCGGGACACGCACUUCUGGGUUUGACAUGUUUGUAAUCCAAAAUGUAUGCAAACCAGACUGUUUGCAAACCAAGGUACCACUGUACAUGUUUAACGUGGAUUUUUUGUUCUGGGGAAAGAAUGGGAGGGAAAGCUUCAGCUGUCAAACUUGCUCCUUCCUUUAGCUUGUGGAGGCUGCGGUCUGGCCCUGAAGCAGGCUGACUCGGUGACAUCAUGGCAGCCGAGGUGAAGGUGACGGGGCAGAACCAGGAGCAGUUCCUGCUGCUGGCGAAAUCUGCCCGUGGAGCUGCCCUGGCCAGCCUCAUUCAUCAAGUGCUCGAAGCCCCUGGCAUUUACGUCUUUGGGGAACUGCUGGACAUGCCCAACGUUCGCGAGGUGAGCUCUGAGAUGUGGGAGACGAAGGUCUAGGGAACCUUAUAGUGCUCUAAGCAGGUAGAUGAAGGAAUCCACUCCCUUCCCCCCAAAUUGAAGUAAGCCUUCAUACCUCUAUUUAGGUAGGCAAGGCAGCCUCUCUCAGCCCUGACAUAGCACUAUCUAUCUAUCUACCUAUCUACCUAUCUAUUUUUAUAUAUACCUCUACAAAAGUAUAUAUUUCCCCUACAAAGCAGGAUUUCAGUGUUUCACACCACCUGACAACUUUAUUUCUGCGUUCGGUUUAAAUGAGCAGCUUCAGCAGGUUUCUCACUGACUAUCUGCUACAAACUGGCGUGUAGUAAUGAAUGGGGCCUUUCCCCAUAAUGAUGGAAGAAAACAUGCUAUGUGUAGGCGCUUUUCAUACGGCAUUUGUGGAGCCCUGGGGUUCCUGAAAGCCACCUGGGAUUCUGGAAUGAGGUCAUCAGUAAUGGCACACAAGCUUCCCUGUAGAGCUGCUGAUUUUCCCUCGCGAUGGGUGGCGUUAAGGGAGGGCUAGUGUGUCUUCCCUGGCAUGCUAUUAGUUUGCAAGAAUUAUGGUGAGGACUAGCUAGUGCACUACAUGGUGCAUCCUCUGCAGUGCUUAGAAGGUCCAUAACUGGUAUUUAGGGGUCAUUUGCCAGAGAAGUCAAUAUGGAAGCCAUUGCCAGUAUACCAUUUUCCUAAGCUGUCAUACAGUGUUCCUUUAAAUACUUUUCAAUGACAGCAGCACAGAAUCCUAAUACAUAGUAAGAAAAGCUUGCUGUAGUGGCAGGGAGGAAAAAUAGGUAUUCUGCUCUUCACCCUCUCAACCUUCUUGAAAAUCUGGCUAGAUUAUAAAUUUAUCCCAUUUUCCUGUGCAGUAGGCUAGGCUGAGUGACAGUCAUCCAGUAAGCUUUGUGGCUGAGCAGGGAUUGCAUUUUCUCAGCUACAAAAAGUUGCAAUUUGAGCACCUCUAAAAUACAGCCAGCCAAGAUGAGAAACACGGGUGGCGCUGUGGGUUAAACCACAGAGCCCAGGGCUUGCGAUCAGAAGGUCGGCGGUUCGAAUCUCCAUGACGGGGUGAGUUCCCAUUGCUCAGUCCCUGCUCCUGCCCACCUAGCAGUUCAAAAGCAUGUCAAAGUGCAAGUAGAUAAAUAGGUACCGCUCCGGUGGGAAGGUAAACGGUGUUUCCGUGCGCUGCUCUGGUUCGCCAGAAGCGCCUUAGUCCUGAUGGCCACAUGAGCCGGAAGCUGUACGCCGGCUCCCUCGGCCAAUAAAGCGAGAUGAGCGCCGCAACCCCAGAGUCAGUCACAACUGGACCUAAUGGUCAGGGGUCCCUUUACCUUUAAGAUGAGGAAAGUUGUGAGGAGUGUGUGCAACAAACACACGCUGACAUGGUUCUCAUUGAGGUGGUAGACCUUUGAAUGGAUUAUUCUGGGCCGCAUUGGAGACAUAUGUCAAUAAAUGAUAGAAAACUGGCAUUUCUAAGAGAAGACCACGCUAGAACUCUUCUGCCUAGCAUCUAGUUCUCUGCAUACAGGGAUUGUAAAAUUAUUAUAUGGAGGGACACUACAUCUUGUGAGCCCCCACCUUUGUCUAGAGUGGUACAGCCCAUACAAAGGUUUCCCAUAUUCCUGAGAACUUGGCCUAAGUUGCUCUCCAGCUGGGGUGGAAGUUCAUGAGACAGGCCCACAAUAUUCACUGCUCACAACCUUUGUGAGCAAGAAUCCUUUGUAAUAAAAGAGCAAGGGCAAAAUUCGGUUUCAUUAGCAAUGAAACUUGUGCUCCCUUUGAGACAGAUUGGAAAGGAUGUUGUAAGCAAAUAGAAUGUUUGUCAUUUCUCAUAUGUUUCUACUGGUGUUUCUCCUCCCCCCCCCCUUCCCACUUUCCUUCAGCUAGCUGACAGUGAGUUCUCCGCUGUAUUCCGCCUGCUCACAGUCUUUGCGUAUGGGACAUACUCAGAUUACUUAGGUAUGUUUUCUCUUGUUCUUGGGAAACAGGAACUGUCAUUUGUGAUUGUGAGGGAAGGUAUAGAAAACCAAGAGCAGAGCCAAUGCAAUUAAGGGAUCUGGAGAAAUAAAAUAAAAACCUUUAUCCUAAAUCAGGGUGUACAAGCUCAGGGCCAGUCCUGCCUAGGAUCAAGAAUUGCAGAAGGAUAUGGGUGACAUUUCAAUAGAUCAGAAAGGAGAUGAGGAUACAAAAUGGGGCCAUUGGAUAUUGAAGUAUUGUGGAGGUUGUCCAAUAGCUUGUGAUCUCGCUAAUCUGCUCUGUUGUCUCUAUUUUUGUAUCCUCCCCUUCUUUGUUGCAACUCCUUUUUCUACUGCCUCUGGCCAAGUACAGUGGGCUUGUGCUGCAUAUAAGCAGAAUGGCUCUCAGUUCUUGGACAGGCUCUGGAGUGGUAGCAAUAACAGCAAAUAUUGUUUGAAUGGGGUGGUUAGAUGCGGGUGACACUGUGGUCUAAAGUCCUGAGCCUCUUGGGCUUGCUGGUCAGAAGGUCAGCGAUUUGAAUCCCCGUGAUGAAGUGAGCUCCCGUUGCUCUGUCCCAGCUCAUGCCAUCCGAGCAGUUUGAAAGCACACCACUGCAAGUAGAUAAAUAGGUACCACUGCAGUGGGAAGGUAAACAGUGUUUCUGUGCGCUCUGGCUUCCGUCACAGUGUUCCGUUGUGCCAGAAGCAGUUUAGUCAUGCUGGCCAUAUGAUCCAAAAAGCUGCCUGUGGAAAAACGCCAGCUCCUUCGGACUGAAAGCGAGAUGAGUGCUGCACCCCAUAGUCCCAUUUGACUGGACUUCACCGUCCAAGGGUCCUUUACCUUUACUGGUAGCAAUAACAUCAAACAUUAUUUGAAUGGGGUGGGUAGAUGUUCCAAAACGCAGAAGGUGCAUUUAUUUAGAUUUGCUGGCUUGCUCUGGAUUUGUUACUUUCAGGGUCUAUAUCCCAAAAAGUGUGUGUGUGUGUGUGUGUAGGAUUACUGGAUGGUUGGGGGGGAAAUCACUGUGUAUUUAUGUGUUCUGCUUAUGUAAAUGUUUGUCCAUUGCUGAAGGCGAGAACCCACCUUAGCGGUUUGAGAGCAGGGCCUCUGAGACUGACCCAAAAAUAAAGUAUUGGUCAGUAGAAAUUUGGAAAAAAAGAUGGAGCAUGGAAAGAGACUGUUGAACCUAAUCCAAAGCUGGCAACGAAGAUUUGAGGGAAUUGAACCUGCUGUGAUAAUAGCUAUUCUUUCUUGUCUCCCGAGAGCAGCCGAAGCCGGGAAUCUGCCUCCGUUAACAGAGGCUCAGAAGAACAAAUUGCGCCAUCUGUCUGUUGUCACGUUGGCUUCCAAGCUCAAGGUAAUCUAUGUGCCUCUUGUUCUCUUGCCUGUCCUCCUCAUUCUUUGGGGGGAUUGCGCCUCACGCCAGCUUGUGUCCCCACCACCGCCCACAGUGCAUUCCGUACGCAGUGCUGCUGGAGCAGCUCCAGCUGAAGAAUGUGCGUCAGCUGGAGGACUUGGUGAUUGAGGCCGUGUACGCAGAUGUACUGCGGGGGAGCCUGGACCAACGCAACCAGCGAUUAGAGGUCGAUUACAGCAUUGGGAGGGACAUCCGCAGGGAGGAACUCAGCGCCAUCACUCGCACCCUUCAGGAAUGGUAAGGAAGACUCUGUGAACUUGCAUGGGCCAAACACAGACCAGUGGGGCAUGCUGUAGCUGAGUUCUUCUGACAGAAGGAGCUAGACGUAAUCCUGAUUGCAGGGCGGAAUCUAACAAUAGCAACUCUUUCUUCCAGAGCCAGUGUGGUGUAGUGGUUAAGAGCAGUGGACUUGUAAUCUGGGGAACCGGGUUCGCGUCUCCGCUCCUCCACACGCAGCUGCUGGGUGACCUUGGGCCAGUCACACUUCUCUGAAGUCUCUCAGCCCCACUCACCUCACAGAGUGUUUGUUGUGGGGGAGGAAGGGAAAGGAGAAUGUUAGCCACUUUGAGACUCCUUAAGGGGAGUGAAAGGCGGGAUAUCAAAUCCAAACUACUCUUCUUCUUCUUCUUCUUCCUCCUCCUUGGCGCCACACUGUUGGGUGCUCCACAGUGUCCACCAUGUGUUUCUUUUGCUAACCGUUUUGUGUUAUGAUGUGAGAAUGGCUAAGUGGCUUCAUACACCAAACUUUUUAAUUCCUGAACAUCUCCCUUUGUUAGUUCCCCACAAAAAGCUACAGCAAUGCAUUUAAAGCAGUAUGUUCUCUUUACUUCAAGGAUCAGAAAUAGGUAUGACCAAAAAAACACACACAAAAAACCACGGAAAGCUGGGACGAUUCCCAGGUUGCAAAACAAAAAACAAAAGCUUGUUGGCACUGCUUGUUAGCAGGUGGAAGAAGGGCCAGCCCUCAGAUACCAGGGACCCAGGCUUACCUUUUGCUGAUGCUGUAUUCCAGCAGCUUAGAUUGGGGCAGGGAUGGGGCUGCCCUUAACUACAGCCCAUGUACUUAAUGCCAUGCUGAAGAAUCAGAAAAACACCCCAGAUUGCCACUUAUCAAAACUGUGUUAUGGUAUGGGUCAUCAGGUACCUUGCACCCUACUUUGGUUCCGCAGAUCCUCAGCUCCUCCACAAGCUGAUAUUAAAACGUUUGAGAUUGAGCUUUAACCAAAACACCUAUUGAUAAUUAUUUUAAAAUCUUUUUCCCCCCAGCUGGUACUGAAAACAUGAGUGUAAUAGAACCUCUUACUUGGCUGCUAUUGUUUUCAUCAGAUGAGCUUUUGUGACAUUUUGCUUUCCCUUCUGCACCAUACAAGCUGUCACAAUCAAUGAUAUCUAAGAACCACUGGGUCACAUUUGCACCGUGAAUUUGUACUUGUGGCGCUUCUGAGUUGGAAGGCCUUCCACUUUACAUGCUAUGCUGUUCUUUACUUGAGCAAAUUUCUUUGUGCUGUUGUAGCCCCCUUACAGUUCCAUUUCAUUUCAGGAAAGCCAAGUUUCAGGUGUUUAUGUGACCCACAGGGGUUCCUUCUGUACCUUGGCAGCCUCUAGAACCUGAGCAAAAACUAUUUCAGACUUGGCAGUGAGCCGCUGCAGGGAUGUUUCAAUAUCGGACAAGCCCAUUGGCAUAUCUGAAUUCUAGGUUUAUUGCUUAAGUUUCCGUUUUAAUUGUGGGAUUUGUAUCUUAUGAACCUUUUGUUCUCUGGAAGGUUGCACAGUAAAAGCUUACACUAUAGCAGUGAGGGCUAACAACUUUGUAUGUGUGCUUGUAGUUUAUUUUAAAUUAAAAGCUGAGAUACUUCGGAAGCUGAAUUUCGGUGGUUGCACCCUGAGCUUUUUCAGUGGGAUUGUGGCAUAAAUAACCCUGGCCCUAGCCAUGGCAAAACCUAAUCGUGGCAUUUUUAUUUUUUUUUACAAUGUUUAUUUUUUGGCCAUAAAAAAUGUUACUUGACGAAACCUUUAAAAAGCAAAUGGUGGCAUUUUUAUGUAUGUAUUGCAGCCCUGUAUGAUAAAUCCCAUGUUCUUCUGCCAUCUUUCCCACUUCUUUGCUUCUUAUAAUUCUACAGAAUUGUAUUUUGAUGCCUGUGUUCCUCCUCCUUCUCUAAGCCUUUGUGCUUCUCUUAUCAGGCGUUCACCCGCUGGCUGCUUUGUAGGCCUCUGUCCUGCCUUGUUCACCUUUUGCCUGCCUCUUACAGGUGCCAGGGCUGCGAGGUCGUCCUUUCAAGCAUCGAAGAGCAAGUGAGCCGGGCUAAUCAGCACAAAGAGCAGCAGCUGGGUCUCAAGCAGCAGAUUGAGAGCGAGGUGAGUGAGCAGGACUGAGGUAUCUAACGUGGUGGUGAAGCAUAGGGUUAUAUGCUGCAUUUAUAGUCCUGGAACACUGAGCAGCUACGGUACACUCUCCCCCAAAUGAAUUAAACUCAGAGAUGCAAUUCGUUCUUCUUCUUUGGCAAUCACUUGCAGCCGAGUAAGAUUGUCUUCCAUAAACAUGGUUUCAAAAGUGAAUCCAUAAGUGACUGUGGUGGCCAAUUCUGGAUCCACACAUCCUUCCACAGUGGGGACAUAUGUUUCUGGGCAGGAGUUGAUCAUGGCGAGGGUUUUGCCAAGCGUGCCUUCCUCUUAGCGUGUUUCUCUCUUUCGUCCUGAGUUUGAGCGUCUUCAAAGCCCAUGACACCUUUGGUAAAGGCUGUUCUCCAACUGGAGCGCUCACAGGCCAGUGUUUCCCAGUUGUCGGUGUUUAUACUACAUUUUUUUAGACUUGCCUUGAGGGAUUCUUUGAGCCUCUUUUGUUGACCACCAGCAAUACACUUUCCAUUUUUAAGUUGGGAAUAGAGUAGUUGCUUUGGAAGACGAUAAUCGGGCACCCCACAACAUGACUACAGUGGUACCUCAGUUUACAUAGGCUUCAGGUUACAUAUACUUCAGGUUACUGACUCCGCUAACCCAGAAAUAGUACCUUGGGUUAAGAAAUUUGCUUCAGGAUGAGAACAGAAAUUCAGCGGCAGCAGCGGGAGGCCCCAUUAGCUAAAGUGGUGCUUCAGGUUAAGAACAGUUUCAGGUUAAGAACGGACCUCCAGAAUGAAUUAAGUACGUAACCAGAGGUACCACUGUAGUCCCAUGAAGUUGAUGUUGAAGAAUCAUCAUUGGUGAUCUUUGGUUCUUCCAGUACACUGGCAUUAGUUCACCUGCCAUAAAGUGUAUGUAGAGCAGGGAUGGGGGACUUUCUUGGCUUGGCAGGCCAUAUCCUUAUCAUUCCCACUCCUGUGGGCCAACUUUGACAACCUAAUCAUCAGUAGCUGACGUCAUUAAGACAUCAGAUGACGCACAAAUAUGCAGCCUCAGUUUAAGUGGAAAGUCCCUGCAGCAAACUGUGCAGGACACCAGAGAACUCUAUAGCAACAUUUGCAGAGACAGAUCCCUCCUAAAUCAGAAAUCGUACACCUUGGAUGGGCUGUUGAGAGAAAAUAACAUCCCUCAGUUAAGUCUGGUGAGGCAUUGCCUAGCUACCUUCUCCUUGAGCUGCCAGGAGAGAACUUUCCUGUAUUCUUGGUGCAUACAUAGGGGUUUUUUUGCCUCCAGGAUAAUGAACUAUGCUGUUGUUUGUUUGCUUUCAAUUGGGCACUUUAAUUUUGUUCUCCUUGUUUCUCUUCCCUCCCCACUCCCCCUGCCCUCUUGCCCCAGCAGGUAGCAAAUCUGAAGAAGACAAUUAAAGUGACGACAGCAGCCGCCGCCGCAGCGACAUCCCAGGAUCCUGAGCAGCAUCUCUCUGAGCUCCGGGAACCGGCUCCGGGUACCAACCAGCGCCAGGCCAGCAAAAAGGCUUCCAAAGGCAAAGGGUGAGGUGGAAUCCUGUUCAAGGCUGGCCAUCUUCUCUCUGCACAUGGGCUAGGAAAGCAGAGAGACACCCACACCCCUUGUGUUUUGCCUACAGUUCAACUCCCUUACCUUGGGGCUCGGUGAUUAUUAACCACGUAAAAGGUAAAGGAACCCUGACCAUUAGGUCCAGUCGUGACCGACUCUGGGGUUGCGGCGCUCAUCUCGCUUUAUUGGCCGAGGGAGCCGGCGUACAGCUUCCGGGUCAUGUGGCCAGCAGGACUAAGCCGCUUCUGGCGAACCAGAGCAGCGCAUGGAAACGCCGUUUACUUUCCCGCCAGAGCGGUACCUAUUUAUCUACUUGCACUUUUACGUGCUUUCAAACUGCUAGGUUGGCAGGAGCUGGGACUGAACAACGGGAGCUCACCCUGUCGCGGGGAUUCGAACUGCCGACCUUCUGAUCAGCAAGUCCUAGGCUCUGUGGUUUAACCCACAGUGCCACCUGCGUCCCAUUAACCACGUAGUGUCUAUAAAAUCCCUAAUUUAGGCGAAAAUUCCUGCUGGCGCUCAUUCUAACAGCUUUUCCUUCUCUGCAGGCUCAGAGGCAGUGCAAAGAUCUGGUCCAAGUCGAACUAGCAGGACCUUUGGCUGGGGAGGACGGCAGAUGUCCCACGUGUGAUGCUUUCUUCUCCAACCUGGAUGUCUUUCUGUGCAAUCCCUUCCCCCUUUCCCAGUCUCUCUUUCUCUCUCCCCCCCUUGCAUGUAGUUUGUUCUUUCUGUUUUGCUCCUCCCCUGAUACUUUCAUCCAUUCUCGCCUUCUGCUGCUCUCUCCUAAUCCUUCCCACUUAUUUUCUGCCUGCGACGACUUCUUCUUUUGCUUUCCCUCUUCUCUGUCUCUCCCCGUCCCCAUCCUCGUGUGGGGUGCAUUUUAAAGAGCCAUAAAGUGACCUCUGUUUCAGUUAUCUUUGCACCCAACAGAAUAUGGUGGAAGCCUGGGUGGAAGUGAAUCUGGCAGCUGUUAGCCACUUUAGUUCUGCGAGCAGAUCCUGGGACAUUUGCUCUGGGACGCAGCUUGACAUCUCAAUCAUUUGCUUUCCUGGGAUCAGGGGUGGGGAGGGGGCGUGUGUGAGUGUGUCAGAUGGGUUGUUUUGGGGGAAAAAUAGUAUAAAUAUAUAAAGUGAUUUAAAGAAAUAAAUCUAUGGACAUAUCUACAGGAGCUGUCUUCACUUUGGUUUCAUUUCAUUACUGCACUGGAGACCCUUCUCUUUUUGGGGAAACAGGAUGGGAGGUGAUGUGUGUGGAGCUAAGAAUUCCCUUUGGCAUGGGAUAGAAUUAUUUCGUGUCCUGCUUGAAAUGAGAGAUUGGGGCCACAGGAGAGAGAAGCCUUGCCCUUUGCACUUUAUUGCAUUGGUGACCAACUAGUGGGAUUAUUAUUACUAUUAUUUAUUGGACUUAUAUACCGCCCUAUACCCAGGGGUCUCAGGGCAGUUCACAGAAUAAAAUCAAGAUAUAAAACCACAAAAUACGUAAUAAACAUGAAAACAACAACCCAGUAGCCCUACCACCACCACACACAAAAAACACAAAGGGCAUAGGAUGUAAAUUUUAUCAACCAAAGGCCUGGUUUAAAAGGAACAUUUUUGCCUGCCUGUGUCAGAAGUAGCAUAGGCAGCAAAAAUCUGCAGCCUUCCUGGAGAGACCACACUGUAUAGGCACCCUCUAAUAUCUGAAAAAAUGAACGAGCUGUGUGUGGGGUUUUUUUAACGAGCUUGGGUUUCUGACUAUUUUGAGCCUUAAAAAAUGAAGUCAACGCCUCCCUCAGUGGUCUGGCAAAAUGUGCAAUUUCAGUAUACGUGCUAUGUUUGACCCAGAUGCUCUCAUAGUGUGGAACCUGUUGUGGUUUCUUGCAAUCCAUUUCUAGCAGAGACCAAUAUAUAUGCACAUCUUAAAAUCAAGGGGCGGGAUAGAUCUACACCCACCACUGAAAAUGGAUAGCCACAGAGGAAACUUGGUGCUUUUUCAUUCAUAAUUUGAUGAAAAUCAAUUUUUUUUAAAAAACUUUUUUAAAAAUAGAAUUCUUACUUAGCCAUUAAAAGGUAGUUAAAAGUUCUAGACUUCCGCUUCUGCAGAAAAUCCUCUCGGCAUGCAGAAACACAUAGUCCUGUUUUAUAUUUUGGAUAUAUCUCCAGUUGAUAGCUGCUGGUCAUUGAAAAUGUGGAGAGUGUGUUUGAUGCACCUUUCGUUGAGCUAUGCAGCGAUGAAUCUGUUUUGGAAGAGCGUUUUCUGGAAGAAGGUAAUUAGCAGAAACAUAUCUUUAUACUUUUAAAUAAAUGGGUCCAGGUUGAGGAACAUCUGGCCCAGGGGUGAAAUACAGUCUACCACCCUACUCUUAAUCUCAUUUUCAGGCCUCUUCUAAGGCUUUGCCACACUCUGCUUUGUACCUCCCUCGACUGUUUUUGCCUAACUGGAAUAUGUCCUUGAACUCUGAUACGGCUUCUUGCUUGGCCAAUUGGGAGCCGUACGCCAGCAGUGGGAGUGGCAAAAUAGUUGGUGUGGCCACCACACACUUUCACACAUAAUUGCACCCACGCAGGUGGAGUGAUUCCUCCUUACUCACCAAGUGAUUGAUCUGGUGAUGCAAGAGGGGUGAUUUGCAUUCCUGAAGUUUAAACCUCUCCACCCAUCCUAGUACAGUCGUACCUUGGUUCUCAAACAGAAUGCGUCCCGGGAGUCUAACUCCUGAAACAGUCUGAAAAUCAAGGCGUGGCUUUCGAUUGGCUGCAAGAGCAUCCUGCAGCUAAUCAGAAGCUGCGCGGGACGUUCGGCUUCCAAAAAUGGUUGAAAAACCAGAACACUCACUUCCGGGUUUCAAUCGCUCGGGAGCCAAUUUGUUCAGGAGCCAAGGCAUUUGAGAUCCAAGUUACGGCUGUGCUGUGUUCCUUCCCCUGUUCCUUCCCCUGUUGCUGCCAAAAUGGAAGGGGAUAUGAAGGGGCCAGUAAAAAAUUGCUCAAGAGGGGUGCAAAUCAGGUCCCCAGGCACCCCUUCCAUGGGUUAACUACCCAUGGUCUAGGCACUGGGUCCCAAACUAAUCAUGGCUUUA